AUGAGCACCACCACCAACGGGACCAAGCUCCGCAUCGCCGUCGUCGGCGGCGGCAUCGCCGGCCUCGCCGCCGCGGCCGUCCUGCGCCAGAAGCACGACGUGGUCGUCUACGACCUCAACGCGCCCGACGCCCCCGAGCGCGGCGCCGGCAUCGGGCUCGGGCCCAACGGCAGCAAGAUGCUCAAGAAGGCGUUCCAAUUCCGCGCGGAUGCCGUGAAGGCGACCGUGUGCGAGGGCACGCGCACGUACGACAAAGAGGGCAACCUGCUGCGCGAGAUCACGGGCGUGACGGAGCCGUUCGGCAGCGAGUGGCUGCUGAUGCACCGGCAGGACCUGAAAGAUGAGCUGGAAAGGCUGGCGACGGGGGACGCGGCGAAGCUGGGCAUCUCGGGGCCGCCGGCGAGGGUGGUAAAGGGGGUGCAGGUGACGGAGGUGGAUGUGGAGCAUGGGAGGGUGACGUUGGGCGGCGGGGAGGUUGUGGAGGCUGAUGUUAUUGUUGGGGCUGAUGGGAUUCACUCCAUCGUGCGCGAGGCGAUUCUCGGCACCGAGCCGGAGAUGGUGUCCAGCGGCGCGUCGCUUUACCGAUUCGUGUAUCCCCUGGACAAAGCGAAGGAGACGCUCGACGGCUUGCCGGAAGCGAUCGACCCGCGGACUGGCGGGUUUCUCAACCUCAUGACCGCCGACGACGAUCUACACCGCAACAUCAUCUUCUACCCGUGCCGGAACAACACAAUGCUCAACGUCGUCGCGCGAGUGCCGGACUCGAUGCUAUCCCAGGAGAGCGAGACGUCCUGGAGCGCCGAGGGCAACCGUGACGAGCUGCUAGACAACUUCCGAGACUUUGCGCCAUGGAUGCUGAACCUCAUGCGGACCGUCGACGACGUGAGACUAUACAAAGUCAAAGACGCCAACCCGCUAACGCACUACGUCGGCGGCCGCGCCGUCAUCAUCGGCGACGCAGCGCACCCCAUGACGCCGUUCCAAGGCCAGGGCGCGACGCAGGCCAUUGAGGACGCCGAGGGCCUGCGGCUGCUCCUGCACGACAACGUGGACGCGAACAACGUGUUCGGCGCUCUGCAGACCUGGGAUUCGGUGAGGCGGCCGCGGGCGUCGCAGGUGCAGCAGAACUCGAGACACGUGACGGACAUGUCGGCGCAGGCGCAGCUGGACAGGAUGAGGCUGAACUGGACGUACAACGGGAUCCACGCGGCGCUGCGGAACAGGUGA